AUGUCUGCCUCUACAAUAACAUCAUCAUCAACACCAACCAAUAAUAAUAGUAGUAGUAGUAGUAGUAGUAGUAGUAGUAGUAGUAGUAGUAGUAGUAGUAGUAGUAGUAGUAGUAGUAGUACCGCUGCUUCAACGACUACACUUGAAUACGAUACAGAUGACUAUUAUCACAGAUUGGAUACUACCGUAUAUGAAGAUUCAUUGUACAAUGAAGAAGAAGAAGAAGAAGAAGAAGAAGAAGAAGAAGAAGAAGAAGAAUGUCUCUUUGAGACAAGAGACAAACAAGUUGCAGAACAAUCAGAAGAAUCAUCUUUACACUCACGGACCAUCAUUGUUCAACAAGACCACCAACCCUCAGUUGAUGAAGAAAAAGAUGAACAUUGUUAUCAACUUGAACGUCUUGAACAACAACAAAAGCAACAAGAGCGAGAACGACAUCAACAACAACUACUACAAAAAUAUACUUUUUCAUCAUCAACUUCAUCUUAUAGUUAUGUUCCUAAUAGUAGUAGUAAUAGUAGUAGUAGUAGUAGUAAAGAAUAUGUAAAUACAACAACCAAUAAUAAUAAUAAUAAUAAUAAUAAUCACCAUCAUCAUUUUAAUAGUAAUAAUAAUAAUAAUAGUACAACUGUAUAUACCAAUAAUCAUUUUAUUAAUAAUAAUAAUAAUAAUAGAUUCAAUCCAUAUCAAUAUCAAAGUAUAGAUGAAUCAUUAUUAGAAGCAGAACUUUAUGAACAAAGAAUUCAACAACAAAGAAGGCAAUUACAACAACAACAACAACAACAACAACAACAAGAAAGAUUAUCACAAUUUAGACAAAGAGGUGAUAUCAUAUUACUUGUAAUAUUUUGUAUCAUUAUAAUAGCCGAUUAUAGUGGGUUGGUUGAUCAUCUAUUCAAUGCCAACAACUGGUUGUCUAUACCGGUUCAUUAUCCACCUCUGAGACCUUGGCAAUGCGACAGAUCACCUUCAGUAUCCGACGAAGCAUCACAGUUUCUUGGCAAAUUAAAUCAACCUCUUCACGAACAACAACAGGAUCGACUUGUUCGAUUCGGUGGCGACGAAAGAUUGGCCAAUUUCUUUGACCAAUAUACAUUUUACAAUAACAAAGGAGAUGUAGAGAGUACCAUUAGGGUACUCUUUGAUAUUCUAGCAUAUUAUCCAUAUGAUUGUAGCGCAAGAUUUAGAGCCGGUCAAUUAUUAGUUGCUAUUAAAGAUAAGAAUCAAACCAAUUUAACACAAGGUGAACAUAUGUUAAAGUCAGCGUUGGCAUGUGAACGAUGGAUCAAGAUUCCAUAUAUAGAGGAAUUAUAUUAUUUCUAUAUAAGUAAUCAUAGGUAUCAUGAUGCACUAGAUAUUAUAUCUAGAGCUGUCAUAUUCUAUCCAAAUGAUUCCAACAUUUUAAAACUCCAAAGCAAAAUUGUUUCCAUCAUCUCGCAAUUCAACAAUUUUGAUUUCUCAAAGGAUUUGGGUUAUUGUCAUUCUUAUAUAUCAUUGCUAAGAAAUAUUCCAAGGCCACCCAGAUAA